CCUCGUAUUAUCCUUUCCCAAUGGAGCUGGUACCUGCGAUGUAUCGCAGAUGCAGUCACAAGGUCACGGCUCUCCUUCUACAUCGGGGGUUGGCGGUUUCUCUGUCUCGGUCAAAAAUGCCACCACCGCUGGAAGCUAUGUCAUAUCAAUUAAUGGUCCGAGUUCGAUCGAAGGUGUGUUGAUAUAUACUCAAGAUUCCAAGGGUAAUAGAAUUGGCAAUUUCGUGGUUCCAAGUAAUCUCCAAUCGAAAAGCUGUGGUGGAUCCGGAACGAAUUCCCUCACGCACACCGACCAGAAUUCAAAGUCUAUGCCCUUGAAAUUGACUUGGUCCCCUAUGUCGAAUGGAACCAUCACCGUCAAAUCUCUUGUGGUGGUGAAUAGUUAUGCCAAUUGGCAUCAAUUAAAUGAUGUUAAUUUUGAAGCCGUCAGCUCCGGUAGCGUAAUUUCUUCGUCGAAUAAUGGCAGCGGUGAUAACAGCGAUAGCGGUAACACUGGUGGUGGUGAUGGCAGUGGGAGUAGCUUCUUCCAACAGUAUUCGCUGUUCAUCGUUGUGAUCGUCAUCACCGCUGCUCUUUAUGUUAUUGGGAGCCUCGUAGAGUCAGCAUUGAGGAGGCAACAAGUUAAGGCGAGAGCAUUCGCGAAGGCUGUCGGAGGAUUUAAUCAAUGA